AUGCUGGGUGAAAUGACAGGAAAAGAUCAGAAGAACCAGCCCAGCUUAGUCCUGGCAGCCUACAUGCUCUUCACAUUCGGCAGCUUGAUCGUGUAUCACUUCGUGGCCAAUGGAGAGUUUUCCUCCAUCCUCACAAUGGCUCAGAUGAUCCAGUGCUUGGCCUUUGUUUUGCUGGUCAUCAAGUCCUGCUCUCAAGGCAGUGUCGCUGGCAUCUCUGGGAAGUCUCUGGCACUGGAGGCCCUUGCCUUUGUUUGCCGCCUGUCCUCAACCACCUGGCUGAACGGCUAUUUGCCGGUGGAUGCAUCUGGCCGUAGACCUUUGCAGUUUGCUCUUGGUGCUGUCCCUGCUCUAUCGCGCCUAUCUAUCACAUCGCUGGAGCUAUGA